UAGCAUUUGCCGUUGUUUUUGUAUGAGAUGCAGCUGAUGGCCGACGUGACUGCAAUGCGAGUGACACAGGCACAGAAUUGGAAGACGGCCGAGACAUGAAUCAUUCCGUGAGAUAAGGAACAGGAAAUCUUUUCCCCUGUAGAUUAGAGCUCACUCUUGGGCUAAAACAUACAACAGUUUGGAGACCGGCAAAAAGAGUGAACACAACCGCGUCCACCAACGGUCGGAAAUUCAAGUCCUUCUUGCAUGGCAGAAGGUCACUCGGAACACUGUUCAGCUUCGAGCGAGGGCGGUAGACUGGAUGCGGCGGAUGGUGGUUGGAGGAACAUCCCUUGGCACCCCGGAAGGAGGAGCUCCUAUCCGCAAGUAGGAGGGCGCUCUUCAUCUAUGAUGACCAGUGACACCGAUUCGGCAAACUCUCGAGCCCAACCUGUCGAAGUUCGUUCAAACCGCGACGAUUCCCCAACACACUCGUGCCUCAAAUCGCCUUCGUCGUCCUCUUCCAAUGCCGCUCGGAUAAUGACAUCGACGACAUCGACGCCGCCGCAGACGACGAUCACCACCUCCACCGCCGCCCGCGCAGCUGCCCCGACUUCCUCGGCCGCAAACGAGGCACGGAGAGUCCCGCCUUCCGACGUUGCCUCGACGACCAUCACGAUUACAACCAUGAGCAACUGUACGAACCCCAGGAAUCGACGAACUGCAUGUGAGCACGGUAUGGCAAGAAACCAUGUAGGAGCACUUGGUCAGUUCAAGCUAGCUGACCGAGUAACCUUGAUUGUAGAGAACACUAGAUUUGUAGUAGACCCGUCGCUCUUCAUUGCUCAACCAAAUACCAUGCUAGGAAGAAUGUUUAGCAAUGGAGUAGACCAUACGAUGACCAGGCCUAACGAUAAAGGAGAAUAUGAAGUAGCGCAUGGCAUAUCGGCAGAGAUCUUCUCAUCCAUUCUAGACUUCUACAAAGUUGGCUGUAUUCGUUGUCCCCCAAGUGUGUCUAUUCAGGAUCUGAGAGAGGCGUGUGAUUAUCUCCUUAUACCUUUUACAGAGGAUACCAUUAAGUGCAAAAAUUUACGAUGCCUACUACAUGAGAUUUCAAAUGACGGUGCCAGACAAGAGUUUGAGAAGCACUUGGAAGCAGCAUUGCUACCAGAGAUGGUCAACUGCGCCCAGAAAGGAGAAAGGGAAUGCCACAUUGUGAUCUUACUGGAGGACGACGUGGUAGAGUGGGAUCCAGACUACCCUCCAGCGAUGGGCGAAGAGAACUGCCAGGUCAUCUACAGCACCUCCCUCUACAGGUUCUUCAAGUACAUUGAGAACCGGGACGUGGCCAAGUCGGUACUCAAGGAUAGGGGUCUGAAGAAGAUUAGACUAGGCAUAGAAGGUUAUCCAACCUACAAGGAGAAGAUCAAGCAGAGACCAGGAGGAAAACCAGAAGUGAUCUACAACUAUGUCCAGAGGCCUUUCCUGCGCAUGUCUUGGGAGAAGGAGGAACACAAGAGCAGACACGUCGACUUCCAGUGCGUCCGGAGCCGCUCCAUCCCCAAUCUUGCCUCCCUCGGCGGUGGCGUGGACGUCCCAGUCAACCCGGAACUUGCAGGGGGUCCGCCCGAGGGGGCCGCCAUGCUGCUCCAGCACCAUAUUCCCGAGCCAGACCAGGACCAAGACGGCUAACCAGUCCAGGUCCUGAUCAGAUCGAAAGGUAGACUGAAGACCGAGAAUUCUCAACCUUCCUCACUUGUCAACGCUGCAAGUGAAUGCUCUUGGUAUUGUUCUUAAUACUGGCAAAGCAACGUUGCUCGAGGAGAGAACUUGAUUUUGUUGAACUUACUAGUAACACGUGCUGCAUGCAUGGAUUUUCGAGCCAUCUUUAUCAUUGAAGCAUGUUGUAGGGAAAUGGUGAAGGGUUGAAUCAUAAGGACUAUGAGCAUAUCUACCGGUUCAAGCUCAACCUUCAUCACCCCACUCUGAAUCUGCAGUGAGAAGCUCUUUUUAAUGUCUUUCAGUGAUACUCAUCAUUGAUUGAGAAAACACUAACCCGCGAGAGCAACUCAAGUUGAAAUAUUACCAAGUGUUUUGCUACUUUAAAUUGGGUUGAGGUGACUGUUGUACAGAUUUGGUGAUGAUUAUUCAUAUAUUAAAAGUGCCAAGGGGAGUUCGACUCCACCAUUUAUUGUGUAUGUUUUAACUGUAACCAGAAAUGCACAAAGUAGCUAAUCUGUGAUAGCGUCACUAUAGAUGCAUAGUGUCAUUUUCGAGGGCAUAGUAUGGUUCUCCUCUUUCAAUCUAAAAGGUACAUGGGGAAUCGUAUGAUAUUUAUUUCAAAAUUUGAAGGACAAAAAAUGUUAUACAACCUGAAAUCCAGAUAGUUGGGGAUAGACAGGAAAGUCUUUUGUCGUUUAAACGAUUUACUUUUUCAUUUUUUAUAACCAAAUCCUCCCUACCCCCCCCCCCUCCCCCUUUCC